CGAUCGUAACAAAGCCAAAGUGAAAGCAGCGGAGAUCAUUUCACAUGUUGACGAUUACAACUAUUCUUGAAGUAAUGUCUACCUCAGCUAACUUGCCAGAAGCCGAACAUUCCGGGUUGUUGAAGUUUCUCUCUGCUGCGUUCUACGCCGUCAGUUCAUUCUUGAUCAUUGUUGUUAACAAAACGAUUCUCACAAACUACAGAUUUCCCUCGUACAUGUUUCUAGGAAUUGGACAGAUGGCCACUACAAUCAUCAUUCUCUAUGCUGCUAAAAUUAACCAAACAGUUCACUUUCAAGACUUUGACAGGAGCAUUUUCAUCAAAAUCUUCCCUCUACCUCUGCUGUAUGUUGGAAACCACAUAACAGGACUGGCGGGUACAAAGAAGUUAAGUUUACCCAUGUUCACAGUCUUAAGGAAGUUCACCAUAUUGAUGACAAUGAUCAUGGAAGCAAGGAUAUUGAAAAAACAAAUCCCUAGUCGUCUGAUCUACAGUGUUUUGGCCAUCGUUUUUGGAGCAUUGGUGGCAGCAAGCUCUGACUUGGCCUUUGAUGCCGAGGGCUACACAUUCAUUCUGCUUAAUGAUGUCUUCACUGCUGCCAGUGGUGUGUACACCAAGAAGAAACUGGGAACUGAGGGUCUUGGAAAAUAUGGGAUCUUAUUUUACAAUGCAUUCAUCAUUUUCAUUCCAACUCUUUUGGCUAGUGCUUUCACUGGUGAUUUACACAAGGCCAUUACAUAUGAACACUGGUUGAACACCCCCUUUGUUUCUUGCUUCCUCAUGUCCUGCAUCAUGGGGUUUGUGCUGAUGUAUUCCAUAGUGCUGUGUAGCCACUACAACUCAGCACUCACCACCACAGUGGUGGGAGCAAUUAAGAAUGUUGCUGUGGCCUACAUCGGUAUGUUUUUAGGUGGAGAUUACCUCUUUUCAUGGACAAACUUCCUGGGCUUGAAUAUUUGUAUAUCAGGGGGACUUGUGUAUUCCUACCUGACGUUCCACAGCAGCAGCAAACCAUCCCAAUGCAAUGGAAGCAGAAUCCAGAAAAAACAGGAUCAGCUGAAGAUUCCCAUUAUGGAAGAUUCCACAGACGGACUCCUUGUAAAAUAAGUUAUCUUUAUUUAACCUUUUAUUUUAUCAGGGUCCCAUUGAGACCAAGGCCUCUUUUUGAAGGGAGCUCUGCGUGAACACAAUUUGUAAGUGAAUACACCUGCGAUACAACUGGUCAUGAUGCCAUAGUUUAUUUUCUGUACUGUAAGCAAAACCCUUUGUAACUGCUCCAUAUUGUAGCAGGUGUUCUUACAUUUUAUGUUUUAAUGUAACUUUAUGAAAAAUUAUGAUCAUACUUUUGACAAUGUUUAUUAUUUGUGUUGCAAGUUGAAACCUGUAAUUUUAAUUGUGUUGUCAAGACAAGUGGUGUUAUACUAUACAUACAUACAUACAUACAUACAUACAUACUAGUACAUGUGUAAAUAGCAAUGGCCACUAGUGGUUACUAAGCAACCCGUGAAACCAAUGUGUGUACUGAGAGACAUACUGUAGUGUAUUGAGCUGUAUGUUCAAGGACAACUGAACUGCAGUGUAGUGAUGAUGAAGCUCUUACCAACCAUUAGCAUAGCAAUAAACUAGAAGGAAUGAACCUGGAUCAUGA